AGCACCAUGCGUCCCCUUCCUCUCUCCUCCCCCUGCCAUCUCGUCCCCGCCUCUCCGACCAAAUCAUGCCUAAUCACGCCACUCCUCUCCGAGUCCCCCCGGCCCGCCGGGCCAUGGAUAUUGGAUCCUGCAGGCACGCGCGGUAUAUAGUUUACCCGUCAGGCUCCAGAUGUGGCUCCUCGCUCGCCUUUCUUCCUCCUCCCUGUCCUACCUACGGCUGGCUGGCCAGCGAGCUCGGGCUGAGCUACCUCCACGUUACAUGCUGCCUGCUUCAUUCUCGCCUCCUUGCUUGCCCGCGUUUUGAAGGCUAGCGAAUUUGUUUCUCGAGGCAUGGCGCUGGAGGCCGUGGUGUUCUCUGAGGGGCUCUUCGGCAGCUGGGCCAUGGCGGCGGCUCCAGGAGGAGGAGGGUGGAGCUGGGGCCAUGGCGAAAAUGAGCAUGGCGGGGCCGUGGAGGGGGUGAUGGACUUGGAAGGAGGCGCCGUCGCCGCCUACUGGGAGGUGGGCGCAAGCUCCUCCGUGAUGAUGCAGGGGGCUGAUCAGCAGGAGCCCGACGCCAGCUUAUCUGCUGCGGCGCUGCCAGAGAACGGCGGCGGCGGUGGCAAUAAUGCAGCAGCUGGUGGUGGUGCCGUCUUCUCCCAGGAGGUAGCCGUGGCGGCGGCGGCGGCGCCAAUGUCGCCGCCGCCAGCGGGGAGGCGGAAGCGUCGCAGGACGAGGAGCGUCAAGAACAGGGAGGAGGUGGAGAGCCAGCGGAUGACCCACAUCGCCGUCGAGCGCAACCGCCGCAAGCAGAUGAACGAGUACCUCGCCGCGCUCCGGUCCCUCAUGCCGCCGUCAUACGUGCAAAGGGGCGACCAGGCGUCCAUAAUUGGCGGCGCGAUCAACUACGUCAAGGAGAUGGAGCAGCUGCUCCAGUCGCUGGAGGCGCGGAAACACGCCCGCCGCCAGGACCUGUCGUCCCCCGGCGCCGCCGGCGACGCCGACGCCGCGGCGGGGCCCUUCGCGGGCUUCUUCACCUUCCCGCAGUACUCCAUGAGCGCCGGCGCCGGCGGCGCCCCCUUCCCCGCCACCGCCAACACGCCACCCGAAGACGGCGAGGGACGACCGAAGAACGCUGACGCGGACGGCAAUCACGGCGACGGCGACGACGCCGCCGCCUCGGGCUCGCGGCCGUCGUCCGUGGCGGACGUCGAGGUGACCAUGGUGGAGAGCCACGCGAGCCUGAAGCUGCUGUCCCGGCGGCGCCCGCGGCAGCUGCUGCGCCUGGUCGCCGGGCUGCAGGGCCACCGCCUCACCGUGCUGCACCUCAACGCCACCAGCGACGACGCCCGCCGCAUGGCCCUCUACUCCCUCAGCCUCAAGGUGGAAGACGACUGCGCGCUCUUGUCGGUGGACGACAUCGCGGCGGCGGUCCACGGCAUCGUGGAGGCGGUCGACCGCGAGGAGGGCGGCGGUGCCGAGCUGCACGGAUCGCAUGCCGACGACGACGACGAAGAAGAAUGACGCAGCGAACUGCCCGAUGUUCGAACUGAUUUUCGCGUGUACGUUCUGUGUGUUGCCAGCAGUGUGCGCGUGUGCCCCUACUGUAUUUAGCAACUUUGCAUCAUCCAUCUAUGGACGAAUUUGUUUGGUGCGU